GACCUAGUAACGUAAAAUCGUAAGAUUUUACGUUUUAAAGCGCGAUUUUGACUACAUUGGUUGGUCUCUUGGCAGGAAAAUUUUAUUGUUCUGUUGGUAUGGUCGUGCACCUUCACAAUCUAUGAUGGAAAACAAGUUUCGAAUUUAUAUUUUACAUGAUUUAUUCAAUCAUGUUAAAGAAUCUUCAAAGAUAUGCAACUAACUCGGUCGGCUUCUCCGAUGAUGGAACUAUUUCAUUUCAUUUUAUUUUUAUUUCGGUAAAUUCUAUUACGGUAUUACCGAUACUCAUAUAAAAAUUACUUGCUCUUAGUGGGGGUGUGUGAUUUACUCAUAAUGUAUUAAUUAUUACAUAUUACUGGGUUUCUCAACUCGUCAACAUGGAUCCUACAUCGAGGAAGUCUUCCUAGAGCAGGAGCCACUUACUAGGAAGUUUUCUCUCUCUUCCUACUCUUCGUGUCAGUUUCGUGUCUUUUCGCUCCUUGGAGUUUUCUCAGAGCUGCCCACUUUGUGGCAUAACAGGCUCUUUCAUCAGGAAUUCGGUUGCAUAUGGAUUACCAAUCUUUAUCAUUAUAUGGUUACUAAAAAACUAGUAUCCACCCUAACUCAUCCCGGGAGGGGUUACGGUGAUUACUAUGGAUUAGUAAUCAACAUGGUUACUAAGGGCAAAUUGGGUAUGAAAAACAAUAUUUAAUUAUUUUUAGUUUUAAUAAAUUACAUUUUAGGAAGUUACAUAAAUGUGUUAACUACAAUUUUCUCUCUAUCUUUCUCUCACUUCCACAAUCUUCCGCCAUAUCUCUUUUCCUUCUUUUUCUCAAUCUUCUUGAUUUCAUUUAGCCGAACUAAUACCUAUGCAACAACAAAAAAACAAUAAAUCAAUACCAAUCCAUUAAAAACACUAUCAUUAUACAAAACACAAAUACCAUUGCACAAGUAAAUAAUAUAUACCACUACAAGAGUCAAACUAAUACCAAAAUCAACCAAUACCACUACUAUUGUGAAAUCCAAACAAUACCAUUGUAUAAAUAAAUCAAUACCAUUAUGAAAAAACUAUCAUUAUAAAAACAAAACUAUAUUAUUUCAUAAAACAAAAUAAAUGAACCAGUACCAAAAUAAAAAUAUCCAGAUUUGAAAUUCACUUGAAAGUUGUCGGCUCCUCAUCAUCGAAUAGUGAGAGAGGGGGAGAGAGAGGGAGAGGGGGGAGUGAGAGAGAGAGAGAAGUGGACUGGGGGAGAGGGAGAAGGGCGGCUAUAGUGGAGUGUGGAGGGGACGAGGUGGAGACUGGAGAGGACUGGGGUGGGGUGGGGAAGGGAGGGAUGGGUAGAGUGGCGGCGGUGGAGUGGAGGGGAGAGUGGGAGGAGGGCCGACGGUGGAAAGGAGGGAUGGGCUGACAGAAGAGGUGAGGGGAGAAAAGAGAGAGCUGCAUUUUUUCACCGGGAAGAGAGAUGGAUAUGUUCUAGGGUUUGAGGAGAGGAAUGAGAUAGUAAAAUAUAAAUAAAGGUAAUAAUCUCAUGUGUUAAUAUUUUUAUUUCAAAAUUAUCCUUCAUUUAAUCUUGACCAUUGUUUUGAAAAUUGAAUAAAUAGAGCUAAUUAAGAGUAUAGAUGUAGGUUGCCAUGAUGGUUACUAAAAAACUAGUAUCUUGAGAUCGAUGAGAAAAACAUUUAUUUUGAAGAUCGAUUUUUGAAACGCUCUCGAUGCUCUCGCCGGAAACUCUCCCCAACGCUUCUCCAUCCCCUAACCUAUCGCCGACAGUCCGGCCCCCGGAAAUGGAGAUGGUGGAGGCUAGUCCCCCGCAGCCAAAUGACAACUUUCAGGUCACGACCCUCGCCGGCGCGAUGGUGAAUCCCCAAGCGAUGUCCUCCUUAACACCGCCGGCUGUUCCUUCGCCAAACAAGACUCUAUCGGGUCAUCCGACUCAGCCUGCGGUGUCCUACAAAGCAUCCCUGUCGGGCGAGACGACUGUGGCAACCAAAUCGGUUGCCCCAUGGAUGUUCAUAGGCGAACAAGAUCUGGUUUCUAGCUCAUUCCAAGGCGAACCGGAACUCAUAGUUUCUGACGUCCUCAAGUCCCGCCUUUGCUCACCAUGGAAGAAGACCCUGAUGGUCCGUCUGCUGGGUAGGAAAGUUUCUUACACCUACCUUUGCUCCCAAUUACGAUGGAUGUGGCGACCGGUCGGCAAGAUGGAUAUCAUGGAUUUGGAAGACGACGUCUUUCUGGCAACGUUUGACAAUGAUCAGGACUAUUUUAAAGCUCUUACUGGUGGGCCAUGGGUUCUUCUUGACCAUUACUUAGUCGUUCAUCAAUGGUCGCCGGCCUUUCGGGUGGGAGAUACGAUUCCAAGAACGGUCACAGCUUGGGUUCGGUUUCCUCGCCUCCCAGUGCAUUUCUACCACAAGGAAGUCUUGUUCGCACUUGGGAAUCUGAUUGGGCGUACAAUCAAGCUGGAUUAUCAUACUGAACAUGGUCACAGAGGGAAGUUUGCAAGAAUAGCCAUUGAACUGGACAUGGCCAAGCCGUUGCGGCCCCGUGUCAGGCUGGAUGGGUUCUGGCAGAAAGUGGUUUAUGAGAACCUUCCUCAUGUUUGCUUUGAAUGUGGGAUUGUUGGUCACGCAGAGUCCGUUUGUCCCAAGCUCGGUCGUGACCUGACUCCGACGGCGAUAAGCUUAGACUCGACGGCCGGAUCUCAAAGGCUGCCAGCGUCGGAGACAGAAGCGCCGGCGAGUUUCGGUCCCUAGAUGCAAGUCACCCGAAAAAGCCGGAAACCAGAAAGGAAAGAAUCAACACAGCAGGCGACAGAUCAGGCAAACUCUCAGGGACCGAAAUUGGGAAAGAAAAAUCAGUCACAAAAGGAAGGAGGGUCCAACUUACCUUCCUCGGGAAAUAACAAAUCAAGCGGAAAAGGAAAGAACAACAGCCCUAAUCACGUUUCUGCGAAGGCAACGGAGCUGGCGAACAAAUCUAGUAAUCACACGGAAACCUCUUCAAUCGGAAUGCCAAAUAUGGAAAAAACAGAGAAGAAAAAGAAGGCUACGAUGAGCACGCCAGCCCCAGCUCCAACGGCUAGCCCAAGUCAGAACUCCCCAUCCCCUUCACGCCAAUUAAAUGAAAAAGGCCUUUUGGG